AUGGUGCUUCAAGUGGAGCUGCCGGUGACGCCAGAGCUCCUGGUGAGCCCCAGCAGCCAGGACGGGGACCUGGGCUCUGAGUGCCCAGAAGAUAGAGGGAACUGGACGGGGCGACUGGAUUUCCUCCUCUCCUGCAUUGGAUACUGCGUGGGCCUUGGAAACGUCUGGAGGUUCCCCUACAGGGCUUACACCAAUGGAGGAGGAGCUUUCUUGGUCCCUUACUUCAUCAUGCUGGCUAUCUGUGGGAUCCCCAUCUUCUUCAUGGAGCUGUCGCUCGGCCAGUUCUCCAGCCUGGGGCCACUUGCUGUCUGGAAGAUAAGCCCUCUCUUUAAAGGCGUUGGCAUGGGCACCAUCCUCAUCGUCUCCCUGGUGGCCAUUUACUACAAUAUGAUCAUUGCUUACGUUCUCUUCUACCUCUUUGCAUCCCUCACAAGCGACUUGCCCUGGCAGCACUGUGGCAACUGGUGGAACACUGACCUGUGCCUGGACCACCACGUCAUCAAGGCGGGGAACACCACCUUCCCCGUCAACAUCACCAACACCGUCAGCCCCAGCGAGGAGUACUGGAGCCGGUACGUCCUGCACAUCCAAGGGAGCUCUGGGAUUGGGGAUCCCGGGAGGAUCCGCUGGAACUUGUGUCUGUGCCUGCUCCUUUCUUGGACUAUUGUCUACCUGUGCAUCCUAAAGGGAGUCAAAUCCUCUGGCAAGGUCGUUUACUUCACUGCCACCUUCCCGUACCUCAUCCUGGUGAUGCUGCUCAUUCGUGGAGUGACCCUGGAGGGGGCCUGGAAGGGGAUCCAGUUUUACCUCACACCCCAGUUUGAUCACUUGCUGUCUUCCAAGGUAUGGAUUGAGGCAGCCUUGCAGAUUUUCUACUCCCUUGGGGUAGGCUUUGGGGGCCUCCUCACCUUCGCUUCAUACAACACCUUCCAUCAGAAUAUCUACAGGGACACCUUCAUAGUGACCCUGGGCAAUGCCAUCACCAGCAUCCUGGCAGGAUUUGCCAUCUUCUCUGUUUUGGGAUAUAUGUCUCAGGAGCUUGGAGUCCCUGUUAAUCAGGUGGCAAAAGCAGGUCCUGGCCUGGCUUUUGUGGUGUACCCCCAGGCCAUGACAAUGCUCCCCCUUUCUCCAUUCUGGUCUUUCCUGUUCUUCUUCAUGCUGUUAACCUUGGGGUUGGACAGCCAGUUUGCCUUUAUGGAGACCAUCGUUACUGCAGUGACAGAUGAAUUUCCCUACUACCUGCGGCCAAAGAAAGCUUCUUUCUCAGCUGUCAUCUGCAUUGCCCUCUUCCUGAUGGGGCUCAUCCUCACCACAGAGGGUGGGAUGUACUGGUUGGUCCUACUGGAUGACUACAGCGCUGGCUUUGGUCUCAUGGUAGUGGUGAUCACCACCUGCCUUGUGGUGACACGUGUCUAUGGCAUAAAGAGGUUCUGCCGAGAUGUCCACAUGAUGCUGGGCUUCAAACCAGGGCCCUACUUCAGAUCCUGCUGGAUGGUCCUGUCCCCGGCAACGAUGAUGGCUCUGCUGGUCUACAACAUCAUCAAGUACCAGCCCUCUGAGUACGGCAGUUACCGCUUCCCUGCCUGGGCCGAGGUCUUGGGCAUCCUCAUGGGAGUCCUGUCCUGCCUGAUGAUUCCCAUGGGCAUGGUGGUGGCUGUGCUGCGGGAAGAAGGGACACUGUGGGAGCGAGUGCAGCAAGCCAGCCGGCCUGCCAUGGACUGGGGCCCCUCUCUGGAGGAGAACCGGACCGGCAUGUACGUGACCAGCCUGGCUGGCAGCCAGUCCCCCAAACCACUGAUGGUCCACAUGAGGAAAUAUGGGGGAAUCACCAGCUACGAGAACACGGCCAUCGAGGUGGACAGGGAGAUGGAGGAAGAGGAGGAAGAGGAGUCCAUGAUGUGA